UACAUUAGCAAAAAUUCCCAUAUCUCUGCCUAACUGUGCGCUGGUAGAGAAAAAGAAGCCAGGGAGCAAGCGAGGGAAAGAAAGCCGAUGGAUCCGUACUCAGGAGGAGGGAGCUGGACUAUGAUCCCCAGCGUUCCGACCCACAGUAACGUAUCUACUCCCACCAAUCAAGACCAUCUAUACCUCUCUCCACCACCACCACAACAACAAUUCCAUCCACAACAAUUCCAACAACAGCGUAUUUUACACCAGCAGCAGCAGCAGCAGCAGAAUCAGCACCAUCAGUCACUAGCUUCUCACUUUCACCUCUUACAGUUGGUGGAGAAUUUGGGUGAUGCAAUUGAUAAUGGAAGUCGGGAUCAACAUUCUGAUGCUUUGAUUAAUGAACUGAACAAUCACUUUGAGAAGUGCCAGCAGCUUUUGAACUCGAUUGCGGCAUCAAUUAACACCAAAGCUAUGACUGUUGAAGGACAGAAGCAAAAGCUGGAGGAAAGUGAACAACUACUAAAUCAAAGGAGGGAUUUGAUUGCCAACUAUGGAAUCUCUGUUGAAGACCUUGUGAAGACUGAGCCCUAGUUGCUUCUCACUCUAACUGAGCACAGGUUGAGAGCAUUCUGUUUAACUCUGAAAGCUCAGAAGGAAAGCCAGAGAACAUGUAAUCAUAGAAUUAGAUCACAUACAUCUUUUUGUUCAGCAAGUAGAAAAUUCUUAGUUUGUUGUCUAGCUUGUUCUUCUAUUACGAUUUCCUUUGGAAUGAGAUGAUGUUCAAAUGCAAUCUUGACUUCAUUUUUUUGGUUCCUUUUAAUGUUAUUGAGCUCUGAGUCCCAUUAGUGCUGGAGGCUGGAUGUUCAUAAGGUUUUCAGUGAAAGUUCAAUGAGAUUGAUAAAUUCUGUCCACUAAGUGGAUUAUUUCGAUCA